AUGGCCCAUGUAGAUGUGUUGAGUCGUUAUCCGAUAUGGAUGAAUAUCAAUAGCGAAUUUAUAGCACAAUUGCAGAAAGCACAACAGAAUGAUAUUGAGGUGAAAACCUUAACUACAGAAGCAAGGAUGAAUGGAUGUUUUUCAUAUAUUGUAGAAAAUGAUUUGCUUUAUGAAACACGAGAUGACAGAAAAUUACUGGUUAUUCCAAAAGGUAUGCAAAAAGAGUUAAUUCGAAAUGCACAUAAUGUUGGCCAUUUUGGUGUUAAAAAAGUUGUUGAACUGUUGGAUAGAGAAUAUUCCAUUUCUAAUGUUCGUGAAAAGGUGGAACGUUUCAUUCAAAAUUGUGUACCUUGUAUUUUGAUCAACCGAAAACAAGGGAAACAGGAAGGAUUCCUUAACACAAUUGACAAAGGUGAUCUGCCAUUACAUACUUGGCACAUUGAUUUUCUAGGACCAUUGACAAAUACUCCUCGAGGAUACAAGCAUAUUCUGGUUAUUAUUGAUGCAUUUACAAAAUUCUGUUGGCUCUUUCCAACAAGAAGUACUACAUCGAAAGAAGUUGUGGACAAAAUGAAUAUAUUACAAGCUACAUUUGGUAAUCCAACACGAUUGAUAUCUGACCAUGGUGCUGCAUUCACAUCUGGAGAGUUCAAAAAAUACUGUAGUGAUUCACACAUAUAUCAUGUGCAGAUUACUACAGGAAUGCCAAGAGGAAAUGGACAAGUCGAGAGAUUGAAUGAUACAAUAGCGACAGUAGUGGCAAAAUUGACUAUUGAUGAUCCAGGGCAAUGGUUUAGGUAUGUCCCAAGAGUGCAGAUGGCGUUAAAUAGUUCAUGGCAGCGAUCAAUUAAUAUGACUCCAUUUAAAUUAACGUUUGGAACUGAAAUGAAACAUCCAGAUCUACUCCCAUUAUGCAGUUUAAUAAAAGAAGAGUAUGCAAAAAGUUUUUUGGAAAAAAGAGAAGCAGAGCGUCAAGAGGCUAAACAAUGCAUACUAAAAGCUCAGCAAGAACAAAAGAAAACAUUUGAUCAUAGAAGAGUAGCAGCAACAGAUUACAGGAUUGGUGACCUAGUUGCUAUUAAAAGAACACAAUUUCUUCCUCUAUCCAAGAUAAAGAGCAAGUACCUUGGACCAUAUCGUAUCACUGGUAAAUGUGGUCCGAACCGAUAUGAAGUGUGGAAGGUGGGCUCAGGUGAAGGACCUGAAAAAACUAGCACGGGAACGGAUUAUAUGAAAAACUGGAAAAACUGCCAAACUUCAGAUGAAGAUGAUGAAGAUUCAGUGUCCGAGGCGGACUCUGCUUAA